GCCACCAGAAGAAGCUGAUGCUAGCUGUGAAGCGAUUGGCAGAGAUGCAGCAUGGCUCUGAGGGGCGGACCUCCACCAGGAAGAAGCCUCCACCAAUCACACAGCAGCAGGAAGUGAUGUCCAUAGAGAACAUGCCCCCUAACAACGGUGAGGUCACAAUAGAAUCAGAUAAAAGUAUUUCACAGUGCACUCUAAAAUACGAGGGGCUAAAAACGACCCAAUUUUGGGUUAUUUGGUGACCCCAGCACUGGUUAAAUAGUGGCCGGAACACACGCUGGGUUAUUUGGUGACCCCAGCACUGGUUAAAUAGUGGCCGGGAACACACGCUGGGUUAUUUGGUGACCCCAGCACUGGUUAAAUAGUGGCCGGGAACACACGCUGGGUUAUUUGGUGACCCCAGCACUGGUUAAAUAGUGGCCUUGGAACACCGGUAAUGGCCGACAACGUGUUAUUGUGACCCCAGCACUGUUAAAUAGUGGCUGGGGACACACGCUGGGUAUUUUGGUGACCCCCACUGGUUAAUAGUGGCCGGGAACACACGCUGGGUUUUGGUGACCCCAGCCUGUAAUCUGCAAACAUCCUGGGAUUAUUUGGUACCCACUGGUUACAUAGUAUGCGUAAAUCACGGGAACUAUUGGUGAGUCAUUGGUGAAUAUGCCGGAAACAGUGGUUAUUUGGGAACCAGCACUGGUUAUAGUGGCCGGACUACAGUGCGUAUGACACAGCCUGGUUAUUGGCCGCACUAAGCUGGGUUGGUGAACCCCACGCUGGUUAUUGGCCGGAACAAGCUGGUUAUUGUGCCCACCGUACGGGAUUGGCGCAAACACGUGGUAAUUUGGUGACCCACGCUGGGUUAAUUCUGGGAACCCAGCAGGUUAUGUGCCCCAGCGCGGUUAAAUGGCGGAACCACGCUACUGGUGACCCAGCAUGGUAAGGGCCGGGAACACACGCUGGUUAUUUGUGACCCCAGCACUGUUAAAUAGUGGCCGGGAACACACGCUGGGUUAUUUGGUGACCCCAGACUGUCAUGUCCGUAAAUCCCUGGGUAUUUGUCACCCGCCUGGUUAAUGUGGCCGGAACACACCUGGUUAUUGGUGCCCCAGCUGGUAAAUAGCCCGGGCACUGGGUUAUUGGUGACCCCAGCACUGGUUAAAUAGUGGCCGGAACACACCUGGGUUAUUUGGUGCCCCACACUGGUUAUAGUGGGAACAAUCCGGUUUUUGGAGUCCGUCACCUGGUAACUGUGGCCUAACAUGUUUUUUGUGCACCCCAGACGAUGGUAAAUGUUCCGGAACCAGAUGGUUUAUUUGGUACCCUCAGCACUGGUUAAAUAAGUGCCCGGAACACAUGGUUUAUUUGGUGACCCCAGCACUGGUUAAAUAGUGGCCCGGGAACACACGCUGGGUUAUUUGGUGACCCAGACAUGUUAAAUAGUGGCCGGGGAACACACGCUGGGUUAUUUGGUGACCCCAGCACUGGUUAAAUAGUGGCCGGGAACACACGCUGGGUUAUUUUGACCCCACCUUUGGGUUGCGUGAAUAAAGUAAUCCAUAGGUUAUUUUCAGGAGGUGUGACCUAUUAGGGGCGUAGGCUUUCAUUAUUUAUUUUUGGCCACCCCAUGAGAGUAAAUGUCAUUCCUGUUUUUGCACUGCAAAUUUCAAUUUACCUUGAAUAUUUUUUUGCGCAUUACAUAUUCUAAUAUAAAAUUCUGAACAUUAUUAUUUAGGAUAUGUAAUAUUUACAGGAACUCAUGCACUUGUGUAAAGCCUCAUUAAAGCUACAACAGUGUCAGGUGUCCAACCUUAACAUGUGAUGAAAAUACAACAGAACAGAUGAACCGGAAUGACAUUUACUCUCACGGGUGGUCAAAAAGGACCAUCUGAAAGCCACUGGGUCAUAUCUCAAUAACCCAGCAUCAAUAACCCAGCAUCAAUAACCCAGCAGUUUUUGAAGAAAACAACCCAACUAAGUGACCCAAUGCCUGCAACCUAACAUAUUUUUUUUUUGGUGUACCAGGUCGUCAUGCCCUUCUCUCUCCAUGUCUCCCCUAUCUCUCUCCUGUCUCCCUCCUCUCUUUUUCUCUCUCCUGUCCUCCAUCCUCUUCACCUCCACUUCUCUCCCAUGUCUCUCCAUCUCCCUCCUCUUCAUCUCUCUCUAUCUCUCCAUCUCUCUCUCCUCAUUUUAACACCCCCUUCUCCUCCUCCAUCAACGAAAUACUCCUCUCCCCUUCUCCAUCAAUGUAACAUCUCUCUCUCCCCUCUCCUAAAUACGUAAUCCCCCCUCUCCUCUCUCCAUCAUAUGUAACAUCUCUCUCUAUCUCUCCAUCAUAUGUAACAUCUCUCUCUUCUCUCUCCAUCAUAUGUAAUAUCUCUCUCUCUCUUCUCCACAUUUUAAACAUCCCCCCUCGCUCUCCAUCAAUUAACUCUCUCUCCCCCUCUCUCCUCUCCUCAUCCAUAUGUAAUAUCUCUCUCCAUCUCUCUCCAGAAGUCGUCACGUCUCCUAAGUUGUGCACCUUCCAGGACAGCGAGCUGAGCCCGGAGCUGCAGACGGCCCUGAUCCAGCCUAGGCCAGAGGUCAAGGGUCAGAGGACGCGCAGCCUCAGCAAGGACCCCGACGAGGGAGGAGGGUCGGGGGGUAGAGGAGGAGGAGGAGCGCGCCCCCGAGGAAGGAGGCUCGGACCAUGCGGCAGGCCAGCCAGGGGAACCAGAGGGGCAGCGCCUCGUCCAAACCUCGCCCACCCUCCCACGCCCACUCCAUGCCGGCGCCCCCUUACACUCCCCCUCACACCCCCACCAGGAAACCCCUGCACUCCUCCACCUCCGCCCCGGGCCCCUCGCCGCAGGCCAAACCCAAACCCUCCCCACAGCUGAUACAGGGAGAGAGGCCUGGCUCCCCGCGCUCUCACCCCCAGUCCCCCCACACGGGGGCUCCCCCAAAACCCCAAAUUUACCCCAGCCUGGGCCCCAGCCCCACCCCAACCCCAAACCCAUUCCCAAUCUCACCUCCCCCCCCUGGUCCUCAGCCCCAGCACCACCCCAACCUAUUCCCCAAUCUCAGCCUACACCCCAGCCUGGUCCUCAGCCCCAGCACCAACCCACACCUAUUCCCCCCAAACUCACCUGAAAACCCCCCCGAUGGGGAAGGGAGAUGGGGGGUUUAGAGAAAAGAGACUCCCCCUACCCCCCCCCCCCCCCCCCAGGUGUCUUGCCCCUCCGGCCGCCCCCGGGCUGAGGGGGAGACGGGAAAUGGGUAGGGCGGAAAAGGGGCCCCCCUUAAAAGCGCUCAAGCCUAACCGCUACGUUUGGGGCGAAGGGGGGGGGGGGAGGGGGGGGUGGGGGUGCAGGGGCGGGGGCGGGGAGAGGAGUGGCCCCUUCAGGGAGGCUAGCAGGGGCGUUUUGGGGGCGUGCAGGGGGCGGCGGGGGCGGGAAAAACGCCACGGUUCUCACCGGGGCAGCCGCCCCUCCUACCAACCAAGACAAAACUCAACCCACCAAUUACAGUCCUCCCCUGCCCCAAGAAGAAAGGCCCGCCCCCUCCGCCUCCCAAACGCUCCAGCUCAGCCAUGUCCAACUCCAACCUCACCGACACGCGCACAGACACGCUGACAACACAACACGCGGGCGGGGUGCUGGGGGGCCCCCCAAACCCCCCCGGCGGGGCCCCGACCUGGGCGUAUCCGUGGAGACGGGCGGCGCGGGCAGUGUGAGGAGCAUAGCGGCCAUGCUGGAAAUGUCCUCCAUCGGGGGUGGGGCCAAGGGCAUGGCUGGACAGAGAAACUUCCUACAGGUAAGGGGGUGUUGUGUGUUUCAAAACCUCUGUCCUCUCUCUCUGUUCUCUCUCUCCCGUCUCCUGCUCUCUCCUCUUUCUCUCCUCUCUGUCUCUGUCCUUUUGCUUCUCUCUGGUCUCUCUUCCUUCUUUCCCCUCUCUUCCCCUCUCUCUUCUCUCCUCUGCUCUCUCUCUGUCCUUCUCUUUUCUCUCUCUCUGUUUCUCUCUCUGCUCCCUCUUCCUUCUCUCUUUUUCUUCCUUUUCUCUUUUUUCUCUUUUUUCCUUUUUCUCCCCUUCCUUCUCCUUUUUUCCUUCCCCUUUUCUUCCCCUCUCUCUUUUUCCCCUCUCCUCCCCUUUUCCCCUCUUCUUCUCCUCCUCUCUCUCUCUUUUCUGUCUUCCUUGUCUCCCCUCUCUCCUCCCGUUUUCCCCCCUUUUUUUUUUCCCCUCCUUUCUCUUUUCUGUCUCCUCCUCUUUUCUCCCCUUUUCUCUCUCCCCUGGUCUCUCUCUUUAUCUCUCUCUUUCCCCGUUCUUUUCUGUCCUUCCCUCUUUCCUCUCCCCCCCUCUCGUCCCUUUUCCCCUCGUCUUCCUCCUUCCUCUCUUCUUUUUCCCCUUUUUUCCUCUGUCUCCCUCCUUCUUCCCUCCCCUCUCUCCUCUGUCCCCUUUUCCUCUUCUCUUCUUCCUUCCCCUUUCCUCUUUUUUCUCCUCUUUUUUCUCCUCUCUCUGUCCCUCUUCUGUCCUCUGUCUCUCUCACAAUUCUUCAAAUUUUAAAGGGGUUUAUUGGGAUGGGAAAAGUAUGUUAACAUUGCCAAGAAGUGGAAGUAAUAAUAAACAAAAGGUAAUAACACAAACUUUAACAGUCACAUUACCUCGAAGUUCUAAAAGAAUAAGACAUUUCAAAGGGUCUAUUAUGCUAUAUACAGUGUUGGUAACAGCGUCCCAAUAGUUUAAAGUACAAAAGGGAAAUAAUAAACAUAAAUAUUCCUGUAUAUAGCUCCACAUUGAUCUGGUAUGGUACUCCUGUAUUAGUCCACAUGAUCUGGUACUGGUCUCCCUGUAUAUAGCUCCACUUUGAUCUGGUACUUCCUGUAUAUAGCUCCACAUUAAAUCUGGUACUGGUACUUCCUGUAUAUAGCUCCACAUUGUUUUGGUACUUCCUGUAUAUAGCUCCACACUGAUCUGGUAUGGUACUCCCUGUAUAUAGCUCCAAUUGAUUUUGGUAUUUUCCUGUAUAUAGCUCCACACUGAUCUGGUACUGGUAUUCCUGUAUAUAGCUCCCAUUGAUCUGGUACUUCCUGUAUAUAGCUCCACAUUGAUCUGGGUACUGGUACUUCCGUAAUAGCUCCACAUUGAUCUGGUACUUCCUGUUUUAUAGCUCCACAUUGAUCUGGUACUGGUAUUUCCUGUAAUAUAGUCCACAUUGAUUUGGUACUUUUCCGGGUAUAUAGCUCAAAACUGAUCUGGACUGGUACUCCCUGUAUAUAGCUCCACAUUGAUUUGGUACUUCCUGUAUAUAGCUCCACACUGAUCUGUCUGGUAACCUUCUGUAUAUAGCCCCACAUUGAUCUGGUAUCCUGUAUAUAGCCUCCACAUUGAUCGGUACUGGUACUCCUGUAUAUACUCCACCUGAUCUGGUACUCCCUGUUAUAGCUCCACAUGACUGGCCCCUGUAUAUAGCUCCACAUUGAUGUGGUACUUCCUGUAUAUAGCUCCACAUUGUCUGGUACUUCCUGUAUAUAGCUCCACAUUGAUCUGUACUUCCUGUAUAUAGCUCCACAUUGAUCUGGUACUUCCUGUAUAUACUCCACACUGAUCUGGUACUUUCCUGUAUAUAGCUCCACAUUGAUCUGGUACUUCUGUAUAUAGCUCCACAUUGAUCUGGUACUUCCUGUAUAUAGCUCCACAUUGAUGGUACGGGUUUUACUUCCUGUAUAUAACUCCACAUUGAUCUGGUACUUCCUGUAUAUAGCUCCAAAAUUGAUCGGGGUACUUCCUGUAUAUAGCUCCACAUUGUUUCUGGUAUUUCCUGUAUAUAGCUCCACAUUGAAUUGGUACUUCCUGUAUAUAGCUCCACAUUGAUCUGGUACUUCCUGUAUAUAGCUUCAUUCUUGUGUAUUUUAUUUUAUUCCUCAUGUUACUAUUUAUUUAAAAAAUUUAAACUCUGCAUUGUUAGUAAAAGAGCUUGUAACCAAGCAUUUCACGAUAAAGUCUACACAGUUGUAUUCGGCGCAUGUGACAAAUAAAAUGUGAUUUGAUUUGUAAGCAGCGGGAUGCCAUUGGUCUGGAUGGGGAGGUGGUGAAUCGCCGUAGAACCAUCAGUGGUCCGGUUACUGAGCUGGUCGCUGCCGCCAGGAGGGACAGACCUACCCCCGCACCCCUGUCUACCGCACCCCAACCCUCCCCUCACCCUUCUACACCCCAGCAGCCCUCCUCCCCUCCUCACCCCUCCUCCCCUCCUCACCCCUCCUCCCCUCUCUCCCCUCUCCCUCACACCCCUUCUCCUCACACCCCUUCUUCUGGUAGUUCGGCUGAGAACUUUCCGUUUGCUGAUGAGAGGAAACAGACCAUCAGGAGACAGAGAGGAGAGGGAGAGACAGAAGGAGAGAUAGAGGUGAGGUAUACAUUUCAAUCCAUUUGUAUGAAAACACUUGAGAUUUGUCUGUACAUGAAAAAUGUUUUCUGUGUCAAAAAAAAAUCUAAUCUUCGUCAUGAAUAAACUGUCGUUGUGUUUGUCUCCAGGGCGACGGUGAUGGAGACAGUCUCCGUGUAGACAGUGUGGACUCCCUUCCCCAGGAUGAGCUGUCCCGGGUCGACGCCGCGGCAACCCUGAAGCGGCGUCCCCGCUGUAACAAGCCUCACCCCAACGGGUCCCGUUUCACCCUGACGGAGUCUUCCACCGUCAAGCGCCGUCCCAAGAGCAGAGAGAAGGAGCCGGAAGGUUUCUCAGAGAGCGGCAUCGCAGACAUCACCGGGAACUCCAACACCGGGGCCGUCAACACCGGGGCCGUCAACACCGGGGCCGUCAACACCGGGGCCGUCAACACCGGGGCCGUCAACACCGGGGCUGUUACCGGGCCGAGGCCAGGGCCGGCCGUACCGUAUGAAAACGGCACCGCCACCGUUAAACGCCGGCCUGUGUAUGAGAUGGGAGAGGCGGAGCCAGGUCGGAUCCAGGCCAGGGACAGCUCAGACCUGGGAGGACCAGGGGUGGUGGCAGAGGGAGAAUGGGGAGGAGCGGUGAGCCCUGUGAGGAGACCCAAACCCCCUGUCUCCCCCAAACCUGUCCUGGCUCAGAUGAAGAGACAGACCCCCUCCUGUAGAAGAGUCCCCCUGCCUGGACCAGACACCCCCGGCAGCCCAGGUACUGACCUGCACUGGCGUAUAAUACUGAUGCCCAGCUCUCAAUGUAAAGUUCUCACUUAUAGGUCUGUCUGUCGACUAAUCUCUCUCUCUCUCUCUCUCUCCCUCUCUCACUCCCUCCUCCCUCUCCCUCUCCUCCACUCCCUCUCUCACUCCCUCCUCCCUCUCCCUCUCUAACUCCCUCCUCCUCUCUCACUCCCUCCUCCCUCUCUCUCUCUCAAUCUUCACCCCUCCCCGCUCUCAUCUCCCUCCUCCCUCUCCUCUCUCACUCCCCUCUCUCACUCCUCCUCUCUCUCCUCUUCCUCUCUCUCCCUCUCUCUCUCUCCCUCUCCCUCUCUCACUCCCUCCUCUCUCUCCCUCUCUCUCACUCCCUCCUCU